GACUCACCACCUGGCCGAGUCUAUCUUCGUCGUCUUCUCCCCAGACCGGCACAGUCAUCGUCUGCUUCACGCUCAGGAACCGUCCAGAGGUUCUAUUUGGGUCCAGACGCGGAUGCAGGUGCCAUACGUCAUUACAUAAUCACCGCGGCGCCUUCCUCUGCCUGUGUCUGCUGCCUCCGCCACCGACACUUCGCCCUCGACCGCUGCACAUCCAUACCACCCGUCGAUACAUUGUCGCUCCCGCCACUCGCAUAUUCUCGCACCCGUACACUACAGAGAUAUACAAGGAGGCUCCGCCUUUCAGCAGCAGGCGGCCGCCACGAUGCCACCCAAACGCAAGCUCGCGCAGACGGCAGCAGACGCAGAGGCCGAGGAUGGCUGGGACGACAACGAUGAGGGCCCCAUGAGUGACCAGGAGACGUUCGACCAGCUCAAAGAGGAGUUCGACGUCAAGGCCAUGACAAAGCGAGCGCGCGCUGGUAGGGUCAGAGACGCCGCAGCCGAUCUCUUCAGGAAGUCGGACCAGUGGAGUGCGAUGCUGAAGCCCGACCAUCACAAUCGCCCGCUCUGGGUCAACGACGCGGGCGGCAUCAUCCUCGAGUCCUUCCACCCCCUCUUCGAUGAGGCCCAGGACUUUUUGAUCAACAUCGCCGAGCCGCAGUCGCGUGUCUCCAAGAUGCAUGAGUACCAGCUUACCACCCACAGCCUCUUCGCCGCCGUUAGUGUCGGCCAUUCCAAGCAGGAGAUUAUAGAAAAACUCGACCGCUACUCCAAGACAGCUCUGUCCGCCGCCAUCACACAGUUUGUCGAGAAGUCCACCUCCGCCUUCGGCAAGGCCAAGAUCGUGCUGAAGAAGACACUGUCGUACAUUGAGAGUGAGGACCCUGCCAUACUACAGAAGCUUUUACGCGAUCCUGUAGUCGCCGAGUGUCGCGCAGAUUCAACAGACGGUCUCAUCAAGGAGGCCGCCCCUAAGAUUGGUCAGAUGGCUAUUCCGGGUACCAAGCUCGCUGCUGGUGCGAACAACAUGGCACAGCAGCAACAGCCAGAAGCUGUACAGAAUCCGCCACCAAGUGACAUGGUUUCCACGCUUCGAGAAGACGAUGACGAUGACGAAGUUGCCCAAGUCCACUCGUUUCAGAUCAGAAGCGAAGAGCGCGAAAAGGUCGUCAAGCGUUGUCGGAGCAUCGGUCUGCCGCUCACGGAGGAAUACGACUUCAACAACGACGAUACCAACCCGAACCUCGAAAUCGAUCUCAAACCCCAUGCGCAGAUUAGAUACUACCAGGAAAAGGCUCUGAGUAAGAUGUUCUCCAACUCUAGAGCGCGAUCGGGCAUCAUCGUGCUGCCUUGUGGUGCAGGUAAGACUUUGGUUGGCAUCACAGCUGCCUGUGGUGUCAAGAAAUCCGUCAUCGUCCUAUGCACGAGCGCCAUGUCUGUUGUGCAAUGGCGAGCCGAGUUCAUCAAAUGGUCCAACAUCAACCCAGAAGAUGUUGCUGUCUUCACUGCGGAUAACAAGACCAGGUUUCCCCGCCAGGCCGGUAUCAUCAUCAGCACCUAUUCUAUGAUCAGUAACGCUAGGAAGCGUUCGCAUGAUGCUGAAAAGGUCAUGCAGUUUAUCCGUGAGCGAGAAUGGGGUCUACUGAUUGCCGACGAGGUGCACGUUGUACCCGCCAACAUCUUCAAGAAGGUCACAUAUGAGAUCGCAUCUCACGCCAAACUCGGUCUUACUGCUACACUGCUGCGGGAAGACGACAAGAUCGAUGACCUUAACUUUUUGAUUGGACCCAAAUUGUACGAAGCUAACUGGCAAGAGCUUUCGGAGCAAGGUCAUAUCGCCAAGGUCCAGUGCGCCGAAGUCUGGUGCCAGAUGACACCCGAGUUUUACACAGAGUGGCUCAAGCCAUCGUCCCUGCAAAAACGUGCACUACUUUCCAUCAUGAACCCCAAGAAGUUCCAAGCCUGCCAGUUCCUGAUCAAUUACCAUGAGUCCCGAGGCGACAAGAUCAUUGUCUUCUCUGAUAAUGUCUACGCACUAGAGAAGUACUCACGAAAACUGGGCAAGGCAUACAUCUACGGCGCAACACCUCAACAAGAACGUCUCCGUAUUUUGGAGAACUUUCAACAUAAUGAGCUUGUCAACACUAUUUUCCUAUCCAAGAUUGGUGACACCAGUCUCGAUCUACCUGAGGCGACAUGUCUCAUUCAAAUCUCUUCCCACUACGGUUCCCGUCGUCAAGAAGCGCAGCGCUUGGGCAGAAUCUUGAGGGCGAAGCGUAGGAACGAUGAAGGCUUCAAUGCCUUCUUCUAUUCCCUUGUUUCAAAAGACACAGACGAGAUGUACUAUUCGUCCAAGCGACAAGCCUUCCUUGUCGAUCAAGGAUAUGCCUUCAAGGUCAUCACCCGUCUUGAAGGAUUAGAGAACUUCUCACAACUGGCGUUUGCAACACCGCAAGAGCGUCGAGAGCUACUGAUGGAUGUCCUCCUUGCCCGUGAAGAAGAUGCAAAGGAGGAGAGGAUCGAGGGUGAUGCUUUCGGCACUAAGUACGCCUCCAACAAGGGCAAUAGGAAGAAGAAUGGUGUGAGGCGGGCAGCAGGCACGCUAUCCGAGUUGUCUGGUGGCCAGACCAUGGCCUACAUGGAAGUGAACAAGAGCAGAAAUAAGGAGCUCAAGGGGACCAAGGGUGUUCAGAAUGCCUUUAUGCGGAAGCUGGCUAGGUCGGGAGCUAAGAAAUAGUGUGUAUGAUAAUAUCGUACGUGUAUAUCGCGUCUUGCAUUGCUACGGCGUUGUCAUUAUGGGAUACUCUUUUCAGG